AUGGACCUUAAACUCUCUCUCGCCCUCCCGUCGGCCGCCACCGCCGCCGCCAGCACCGCCGCUGCAGCCUACGAGCUACACUUACUAUCCUCAUUGAGAACCCCCAACAAUUUAGGAGUCCGUCAAACAUCUCUCCGCCGUAGGAAGUGUAAUUCUCCAACGACGGGGCGGAUCGAGCCACCAUAUCCGUGGUCGACGGACCGAAUAGCGGUGGUUCAUACGCUACACUAUUUGACAUCGAACCAAAUCGUGACGAUCACCGGUGAAGUGAAGUGCCAACAAUGUCGGAGAAUUUACGAGAUGGAAUACGACGUUGUUUCGAAGUUUAACGAGAUUGGGAGGUUCGUAGAGAACAAGAUGGAGUCGUUCCGGGACCGGGCGCCGAAGGAGUGGAUGCAGCCGAAUUAUCCGACGUGUCGGUUUUGCGGGGCGGAAAAAGGAGUGAAGCCGGUGAUUCCAAAGGAAUGGGAGAAGAUCAAUUGGGUGUUCUUGCUUUUGGGGGAAAUGGUUGGAGCUUUGAGAUUGAAUCAUUUGAAAUACUUUUGCAGUUACACGAAGAAUCAUCGAACAGGUUCAAAGGAUCGUCUUGUUUAUCUCACUUAUAUCACUUUGUGCCGCCAAAUUCAUCCUUCUGGUCGUUUCACUCCAAUUUGA